UUGAUGUCUGCCAUGUCGAUUGACAAGGAUGAAUUAUGUUUUCACGCUUCAAAACAUUCAAUAGAGUUUGUCCAGUAGAGUUGUCUUACAAAGUGUAUGGAGACAGUGCCGGUAAAACCCGUACCUCCUACGGCCUUCCGGUUCUCGUACUGCAUGGAUUAUUCUCGAACAAAGCGAACUGGCAUGUCAUGUGCAAGGUGUUACAACAGAAAACGAAUCCCGUUAGAAAGAUUUAUGCAAUAGAUGCACGAAACCAUGGUUCAAGUCCCCAUACAGAUGAACAUUCGUACGAACACCUGGUGUGCGAUUUGGUGGAACUUUAUCGGAAGCUUGGUAUUGAGAAAGCUUGUGUAAUAGGACACCGGAUGGGUGGCCGUGCUAUGAUGCUGUUGGCACUGACUAAUCCGCAGCUGGUGGACCGUGCCAUCAUUGUUGACAUCGCUCCCAAUUCAACUGUGCCAGAUAACGACCUGCUACUCAAGCUGCUCAGCACUAUGAAGUCCGUGGAUCUCGAACCGGGUGGAACAAUGAAAGAAGUACAAACUAAGGUCAAUCUGGCAUUGAAACAGAUCAUCGAAAAUAAACGGAUCAGACGAUUUUUGCUAGCAAAUUUGGUCAAGAAGACCAAUGGAUUCACCCGCUGGCAUGUUAAUUUGAAUGCACUUGAAAAGAACUUUGACUGUGGCAUUGCCAAAUUUCCCGAAGCCUUGGAUGACGAUAUCCAAUUUGAAGGACCAACGAUGUUUGUGCUUGGUAAACAAUCCGAUUAUGUGACUGAACAGGAAAUUCCUUUGAUCAAAAAGUUUUUCCCGAAAGCAAGUAUCGAGUAUAUUCAUGAAGCUGGCCAAUUGAUACAUUCCGAAAAACCAGACGAAUUUGCCCAUCUUGUCCUCGAUUUUAUAAAUGAUGCUAAACCACCUGAUGAAAAGAAAACUAAUUCUGCAGAGGGUGAAACUAAACAAAAAUAACUUUUAGGACCGUUUGGAAAUGUUUCAAGAGUUUUAAUAAAUUUA